AUGAAAAGUUAUUCAUUGAUAUUUGUAAUUGUAAUACUUGGGAUUAUGGCAGACGAAGAAAGCGAAGAUAGAACGAAGCGACAAAUAAACGCGUUACCUCUAAUAUAUCCAUAUGGAGCGAUUUAUAAGCUAAUCAUUGGGAUGACUUCACCAAUACCUACCAAGGAUCACGUAAACUUAGCUUUCAUUCUGAAUUUUCAAUACCAGUACAUGCAGUUUCAAAAUAUUUCCCAGCUCUCUCAAUACUAUAUAAUAAAGGAUGUAUCGAGAGAAGAAAGAGAAGCAGACUGGGCUUCGAGAUAUGAUGAACGACUUGUGUUUUAUAACUCUUUUGCUGAUAUGUUAGAUGUGAAAGGAAUGAGUGGCCAGGAUUGUGUACACCGUGCAAUUUGCGAAGCUGCCCAGUUCCCAGUAGGCGAAGAUGGUCUAUUUGGUGAAAUCAUUCACGUGUUACUCACGCCAGAUUACGGAAAAAAAUUAUUUGAAGAAGAUUCCACCUGGAAAGAUGAUAUGUCUUCUUAUAUAGACGCGGCCACAGCUGGAAGACAGAUGUUUGAAUGCGCGUACAUAUACAACAAGUGUCCUGAAGGCAGUGGGGUUUUAGAUCUGAUAUCAAUACUGACAGAUGGAUAA